AUGAGCAAUUCACCUGCUGUUUCACAAGGAUCGAAACAUUCGAGCAAGAGGCAUUCUACAAACUCCAUUGAAUCAAGUGUAACAAGAUUAUUGGUGUCCACUAAACACUUAUUAGAAAGUUUAACUCAAUGGGCUAAGAAAGAGGUUGACGAUAAAUUUGUUUCUGAUGCUUAUGUUAAGUUGGGUAACGAUUUCAGGGCUGCCAGUAGAGCUUUUAAUCAUGCGGGUGUUGAUAUAAGUGAUAUUGGUGAUGUACCUCAAGCAUUGAGGGUUAUUUUAGAAAGUGCUUUGAGUGAAGCUCCUAGCCAGGAGAAUUUAAACAGAUUCUUGCCUAAUAUCAAAAAUAUCAUUGUUUCUUUGCUUCAGAACUUAAAGUCAAAGCAAAAUAAAGCAAAGUUAAUUGCUCAGGAUAGAGAUAGAUCUAAUUCUAACAGCCCACCUCAGGACCAGAAAGAACAGAUUAAAGUGAUAAAAAGGAGACAGAAGUCCCUAGAAUCCAUGUCAGAAGACUCCUCACCUCAAUCAAUUCCACAAAGUAGGCCUCAAACUCAGAGCAUUCCCCCUUCUCAACCUCCUCCUUUGGCUGAUCCUAUUGCUAAUUCUAUUCCCAAGCCUUCUAGAGAAAAACCGGAGAAGAAAGUAUCGAAAGAAGCCAAGACUGAAAGAGAUGCCCUUAGCCAACUUCAGAAUGAAAGUUUCCUUCAGAGAAGGGCUUCAAAAAGAUUUAGUGCCUAUCAGUACGCAAAGCUAGCGAACAUAAAUCCUACUAAUGCACUACCAAAGGUCACACCUGGAGAUAACCGUUCUGUGCUGAUACAAUCCAUUAGAGAUUCUAUGCGCGAUAGGGUCUCUUCAAGCAAGACAGAAGUUAUAGACGAGUUUCAAAAAGAGGAUACGUAUAUUUUCUUAAAGAUCGAGGACCAAACCAAGAAAGCUCCAAUAAAGAUGCCAGUCAGCUUUGCUUCUUUAAGACUUCUUUUCGUUGAAAAAUUUGCAUAUUCACCAGGAGCUUCAGAUUUCCCUGAAAUUUACAUUGUGGAUCCCAAGACCAAUGUCUCUUACGAAUUAGAAGAUCAAUAUUUGAGUGAUAUCAAAACAGGGACUUUACUUUGUUUAAACGAAUCCAAGACCUAUUCUAAUGGGAAGGAUUCCGAUGCAGCUGCUGACGAUACUGGAUCUUUAACUUUAGAUGAUAGCACGCAUAAUAAUCAGUCAUUCAAAGAGCUCGAACAGACAGUGCUGGAACUUAAGAGUAAGUUUGAUUCGUUCGGUGGUUUAAUAGAAGCAACUAUAAAGAGCUCGAUGAAAUCGAUCGAGAUCCCUAUGAUUUCUGCUCAACAACCUACACCUAUUCCUUCUGCUUCACUAAAAAAUGACCAAGACCUGUCCGUCAGUAAUAUAUCACGCAAUGGUUUAGCUACUAAGAACACAGAAAUCCCUUCUGAAUUGAUCAAGGAAGUCAGCUCUAUAGAGAAUGAGUUGAAGGUGAUCAGGCAGCUUCAAGGGGCUAAUAAGAGUGUUGUUCUGACAUUUGUCAAAAAUAUUGAUUCUAAAGUCAAGCAUCUUCAAGAGAGUGGUAUCGAUGCCACAAAAUCAUCUAACAGAAUAUACAUGGAAAAGUGUCAUGGAAGAUUAUCUGAGGAAUCUGAUAGUCUAUUGACCAAGGUUGAUGAUUUACAAGAUGUGAUGGAAGGUCUCAGAAAAGAUGUUGCUCAACGUGGGGUCAGAGUGGGCGCACAGCAGUUGAAGGCCACAAUGAAGGAGAUUGUGGCUGCUGGCGACUCACUAAAGGACAUGUCUAGUUUCAUCAACAAGGAGAAGACAGUAUGGAAAAAGAUUUGGGAAGCGGAACUCGACAGAGUCUGCGAAGAGCAACAAUUCUUCAACCUUCAAGAUGAUUUGACUAAAGAUUUAGAAGAAGAUCUUGCCAAGAUUCAGGAAACAUUUGAUCUUGUAGAACAAUGUUCAUUGGAGCAGAGCAAACAGAGCAGCUAUAGAAGAAAUAAAGUGGUUGCUAACUUACCAAUCCCUGAACCAGGUGAGAAUCUUCAUAGUAUCAAAGAUGCUGUUUUGAGUGAAGUGGCUGCUUUAAAACCAGAUCAUGAAAGCAGAGUUGAUGCAAUCAAUAAAGCUGAAAAACUUAGGCAAAAGAACAAGCAAAUGAUGGAUUUGACAGAGUUUCAAGAGGAACUAGGCAGUUUUAUUGAUGAUUCUAAGUUGAGAAAGUCUGGAGGAAUUGAUGAAAUUGAAAGGCAAAGACAGCUCAAGGAUUCAGAAAACCUUAAAAGCUCUAUGGGUGGUAUCAUCUAACUUUGAACAUAUAUAUGUUGUUUCAUACCCUGUACUACUAUUACGUCACCAUUCAAAUGUAUAUCCUAUAAGUAAUGUAAUAUAUAACAGACUUGUU